AAUUUUCAUUCCCUUUUCUUCAUUGCUACGGUUUCUAAAAUCCCUUUUCUUCGUUUCUUUCAAUGCCAAAGUUCGUACAUUUUUUGUGUAGUUUCAUUCUUCUUCUUGUAAAUUCAGGCCAGACAUUAUGCCAUACUAAAGGGCUCAAAUUGGGGAGGAGCUAUAAAGGGAAUCAUCAGAGAGUGAAUAUUACAAAAGUCCAAUUCUCUGAGCAGCAAUUCAUGAAAUGGGUCAAUUUUGUUGGCGGCCUCAAGCACUCUGUCUUCAAGACAGCAAAAAAUAUUGCCUUCCCUUCUUAUACCAUUAUUGUGGCGAAGAAUCCGGUGGUUGGAGACUUCACUAGCAUUCAAGACGCUAUUGAUUCUCUACCUUCUAUCAAUCCUGUAAGGGUGGUCAUCAAGGUUUAUGCAGGGGUUUACACGGAGAAGGUUAGCAUACCCCAAGGGAAAUCAUUUAUAACCAUAGAAGGAGAUGGAGCAGAUAAGACAAUAAUACAAUGGGGAGACACAGCGCAAACAACUGGACCAAAUGGGCAACCUUUGGGGACAAAUGGGUCUGCAACUUUUGGUGUGAAUGCUCCUUAUUUCAUAGCCAAAAACAUCACAUUCAAGAAUACAACACCAGUUCCACCACCAGGGGCAGUGGGAAAGCAAGCAGUGGCAUUAAGGAUAUCGGCAGAUACAGCUACAUUCCUUGGGUGUCGAUUCUUGGGAGCACAGGACACACUGUAUGAUCAUCAGGGUAGGCAUUAUUACAAGGAUUGUUUCAUCGAAGGUUCGGUGGAUUUCAUCUUUGGCAAUUCUCUGUCCCUCUUUGAGGGAUGCCACCUGCAUGCAAUAGCACAGAAUGCAGGGGCUGUGACAGCACAAGGUAGAAGCAGCAUCUUACAAGACACGGGCUUCUCAUUUGUGAACUGUAAGGUCACGGGCUCAGGAGCUCUCUACCUUGGAAGGGCAUGGGGUCCUUUCUCUAGGGUAGUCUUUGCUUACACCUACAUGGACAACAUUAUCCUUCCCAAGGGAUGGGACAAUUGGGGCGACCCUAACCGUGAAAUGACUGUGUUCUAUGGGCAGUACAAGUGCACAGGACCAGGAGCAACCUUUGCUGGGAGGGUGUCCUGGUCAAGAGAACUUACAGAUGAGGAAGCCAAGCCUUUUAUUGAUCUUAGCUUCAUUGAUGGCUCUGAAUGGAUCAGAUUAUAGAAAUAGAUUUUUUUAAAAAUCUUAGAAAGAAUUCUUUGUAAAAGUUAUCUUGAUUUUGUUUUUGAUUUAUCCUAUUUAAGUCCUAUAUGCAUGGAAUGGAAAUGAAACCCUUGUGAUUAC